AUGCUCCAGCUCAGUUUCGCAGUCUGCGCCGAGUUGCCGUCUAGAUGGAAAGAGCAGGGCUCGGGAAGCAGCUCUGCGUUGGCAGCGGGGCGGUCCUGUCAUUGUUCACGUAGACAUUUGAUCUGCAGCCCCGAGCCCCAGCUGAGCAAGUCGUCGUCUUCAGUGUUGCUCUUUGACGCUUUAUACUGGGGUGUCAAUCUCGGCGCUUUCAAGCUAGUGGUUCUCUUGCUCCCGGGCGGGCUCGUUGACGGAGCCAGGUUCGGUCUGCAAGCAGUUCUGACCGUCUGGACCUUUCAUCGGCUCCUGCUUGUCCCAAACGAGUUUGACCUGCCCCGCGGAACGACCGGACCGCGAAAUUGCUCGCGUUUGCGAGCACUAGCUUUCUUGCUGUUCUUGCGCCGCGCGGGAGAGGUUCUCGCGUUCCCGCCGGUCUGGGCAUCGCUUCGAGUCGGCGAUGGGUAUCUGCUCGUUUGGUGGGCGGUUGGUUGGCGGGAUUUGGUCUUGCUGGUGAGCUGUACGUGGUCUCCGAGCUGUAUUGGCUGUCUGUACCGCUCAUCGGCGGGUUUGGAGCGUGCUGCUCGUCUCAAACGAAGUUUCGCUUGUCCCGCUGGAACGACUGGGCAUGAAAUAGCUCGCGUUUGCAGCACCAGUGUUUGUACCCUGCUUUUGCUUUUACUUCACGAUAUUGACGUCUUUUACAGUUUCUUGUGGUUCUUUGGCCCCGCAGGAGGAGUCUGGGCAACGAUUCAAGUCGGGGAUAAAUCGCUGGUCGUUUGGUGGGCGGAGGCAGCGAGAGAGCUGCGCGAGUCGUUUGACCGUUUGUAUCUUUCAUCGGCGGGUACUGAGCAUGCUGCUCGUCUCAAACGAGUGCGCGGAAUGACUGGGCCGCGGAACGGCUUCCAUUUGGCCCCUUAA